AUGCCAAAAGUUGAGUAUUUGGAAAAGUCUCGUCCCAUCUUACACAGGGCUCUGGAGAAAAGGAGUACCCUCGAGUUACUCUCCAGGGAUUUUUGCACCGUGUCUGACCUUGUCUCAAAGAUUCAAGAGCCAAUAGACCUGGAAUGUGUCCCAGACUACGCUCCAAAGGCUGUGAAUAUCGUGUUACAGUUUAGGGAACUCUGCAAAGAGGGAGCUCUAGCGAGACAUAGACGAGACCAUGAGGAACAUGUAAACCAGCGCGGUGAUGAUACGGGUGGGAAUGAAGAUGUUGCAGAAAAAAUCCAUGAUGGAAUCACUGAACCUACCGGGUGUUCCGUGAACGACUACGCAUAUAACAUGGGACAAUCAGUCUACAUAGCUGGUGAUCCUACUGGGUCGAUUUAUGUUCUUGCAGAUGAACUAGAUAUUGACAUUAUUGGAAACACGUUUAUUCUCCUUCAUACUGCUCUGAAUGUAAUGAAUGGGAGGAUUGUGCUCCAGAUUCUAAGAGAUACAAAGUUUAUAAAAUGCUCAGACUCCAUCAAGGAGUUUGCGAAUGCUGAGAAUAUAUCGGAAAAAUACAAGUUUGAAAUUCGGUCAAAGAUAUUGUAA